UGCCCAGGGGGAGUUGAGCUGGAUCCGUCGGGAAAGGGCUGCCGCUUCAUCACGGUUGUGGCUGUUGGAGCCAGGACGGGGCUAGAGAGAAAAGCAAGCGGAAGCCAUCAAGGUGGAGAAGAGGAAGCGAGGAAGAAGAAGGGCCGAAGGACUCAGGCGAAGCAGCCAUUAGGAAAGUGCUGAUGCGGAGAUUCUCUGGUGUCUACGGGCAGAGUUGGAGGAGUUGCUGUUCACGGACAAAGGCGGUAGGAGGGAGUGGAGCUUUGUAGAAGCCGGAGCUUGUCUCACUGGGUGUCUGUGUUUCAUUCCCUGUCAAAAAGGCUGGGAGCUGAGCGGGGGGGGGGGGGGGGUGGUGGAAAGAAAAAAGGCAGGGAAGCGGCGAGCUGCAGCGCUCGCUCCGGAUCAGAUAGCGAGAAAACCAAUAGCAGAGAGAAAAAAAAAAUAGAAAACCAACCCACACCAACCAACCAACCCACCCACCCUCCACGCUGAGCUGAAACAGCAGGUCCCUGCCAACUCCACCGCAGGCAGCCAGCCGGGAAGACGCGCACCCUCCCCGGGCAGGAGCGGAGUUGAGCCCCGAGGAUAUUUGAUGACACUUUGGCGACAAUGGGUCCCCCAGCAUCUUCCAGAGCCCAUUUGAGGGUGAAGGCUCUGAAAGCGCAGAGGGAGUUUGAAGCUAAAUUCACCUGAGUCUGGAUCUCUUGGUCACUGGGAUUUAUCUAUUUUUUUUUUUUUUAUCCAGGAGGAAACUGAACCAAGAAAAAAAAGGUGUUGGUUUUGGUCCUUUUUUUUCUAUCUCCCCCCCUCCCCCCCUUUUUUUAAAUUUUUAUUUUAUUUCUUUUGGAAGAAGAUAUAUUUUUUCCCCUGUGGUUGGAAUGGAGGGGUUGGGUCUGUGCCUAAGAAGCAGCAACCGAACGUCGGUCCUGGGAGAAACCCGAAUGGAUCUGGGGUCCCUCUCCAGCUAACUCUCCAGGACCCGCAGCCCCACGGCUGGGGGGGGCUGGAUGCAGUGAGAGGCCUGGAAUAACAGCGACUAUUCCUGAACACGCUGGAGAUGUUUAAUGAAACAACGGCUUUGCCGGGGAAGGCACCUUAAAGGCCACUUUAUUUCUUGCCUCUGAUCUGCGACAUACUUUGAAAUCCUGUAUUGCCUCUGUUGCUCUUUACCCGAAAGCCUUGCUGUACCUACCAAGUCAAGGAGGAUUUUUUUCUGAGCCCUGAGAUGACCCCGGGGACUACGAGCCCCUCACGGGAUCCACGUGGUGACGUGGCAGCCAAGACGUGGAAGCUUGGGACGUCUCUUCCACCACAACAGAAUUUGGGGGGUGGGCAGGGGUGGGCCAGGGGGUCGCUGGGAGUCACAAGACCAUUCACCUUCACUGUGGGCUUGGCUCAGGGAUGACUGCGGGCAGAGUCAACCCUUACAGCAUCGUGUCCUCCGAGGAAGACGGGCUGAGGUUGACCACCAUGCCAGGUAUCAACGGCUUUGGCAAUGGGAAAAUCCAUACCAGGAGGAAAUGCAGGAACAGGUUUGUAAAGAAGAACGGUCAAUGCAACGUGGAGUUCACCAACAUGGAUGACAAGCCACAGAGGUACAUUGCAGACAUGUUCACCACGUGCGUUGACAUCCGCUGGAGGUAUAUGCUUUUGCUCUUUUCUCUGGCAUUUCUGGUGUCCUGGUUAUUGUUUGGGCUGAUUUUCUGGCUAAUUGCACUCAUUCAUGGAGACCUAGAAAACCCAGGUGGAGAUGAUACCUUCAAGCCUUGUGUUCUGCAGGUCAAUGGCUUUGUGGCUGCUUUUCUGUUCUCCAUUGAGACCCAAACGACUAUUGGUUACGGUUUCCGCUGCGUGACAGAGGAGUGCCCGCUCGCGGUCUUCAUGGUGGUGGUUCAGUCCAUCGUGGGGUGUAUAAUUGACUCUUUCAUGAUUGGUGCAAUAAUGGCAAAGAUGGCCAGGCCCAAAAAAAGGGCCCAGACAUUACUUUUUAGCCAUAAUGCAGUAGUGGCAAUGAGAGAUGGAAAACUCUGCCUGAUGUGGAGAGUUGGGAAUCUCCGGAAAAGCCACAUAGUAGAAGCCCAUGUACGAGCUCAGCUAAUUAAGCCCAGGAUCACAGAAGAAGGGGAGUACAUCCCUCUUGACCAAAUAGACAUUGAUGUGGGGUUUGAUAAAGGCUUGGACCGUAUCUUCUUGGUGUCUCCGAUCACCAUUCUCCAUGAGAUCAACGAAGACAGCCCCUUGUUUGGGAUCAGCCGCCAGGACUUGGAAACAGAUGACUUUGAGAUCGUGGUCAUCCUGGAAGGCAUGGUAGAAGCCACCGCUAUGACAACGCAAGCUCGGAGCUCCUACCUGGCCAGCGAGAUUCUCUGGGGCCACCGCUUUGAGCCUGUCUUGUUUGAGGAGAAAAACCAGUACAAAGUAGACUAUUCCCAUUUCCACAAAACCUACGAGGUCCCAUCCACCCCUCGUUGCAGCGCCAAGGACUUGGUGGAGAACAAAUUCCUCCUGCCCAGCACCAACUCUUUCUGUUACGAGAACGAGCUGGCCUUCAUGAGCCGUGAUGAGGAAGAGGAAGAUGAUGACAGCCGGGGUUUGGAGGACCUGAGCCCAGACAAUAGGCACGAGUUUGAUAGACUUCAAGCCACGAUAGCGUUGGAUCAGCGGUCGUACAGGAGGGAGUCGGAAAUAUGACUCUUGGUCCUACCAUUGACUUUUCUGAGGGUAUUUUUUUUCCUCCUCUAAUCUCUUCCCCUACAACCCGCUCAAAUUAUGCAGAACAAUGCAAGUGCCAUAGGAAUGCUUGAGAAAUUAGUAUCGUUCAUAGUUUUCAGUUUCAUCGCAAUAACCACUGAGCGGUCGGCAAGAGGGGACGGCGACAGCCCACGGCACGUCCCCCGCGCCCGGCGCCCACGGCGGGGCUGACGGCUCUGGGGGAAAGGACAGACGGAUGGACGGGCGGACGGAGAGAGGAGUGUCCAUGGGCCACGGGCAGGUGCUCGCCCCGUGCGGCCCCACAGGGGUUUGCUCUCCCUGCGGGGAAAACGCCGGCGUUUUCUUGGAGCUGAGCACUGCGAGAUCAAAAAAGAGGAAAUAUCAGGAAACAAAUCUUUCUCUCUCUCUUUAUUUUUUUCCUUUUAUUUUUUAACUGAGCAGCAACAACAACAAAAAUUGCUCCUUCCAGCAGGCGGUCUGAUUCAGUUGCACAAGAACAACACUUGAAAUAACAUGCAACAUUAACAUACUUCUUUUAAACUAGGGGAAAAAUAGGGGAGAGGGCAGGUGAGAGGGUUUCUAAUUUUUUCACCGUACCAUUUGGGAGACUGUUUACCGAAAUAAUAAUAAUAAUAACAAUAAUAACAACAACAAUAAUAAUAAUAAAUCUGAAAUAAGUGAUUCAGUAUUUUUUAAAAAAUAACAAAGGAAUGAAUAAGCCACUGGGGUCUUUUAAGGGGUGAUUUGCUGGGUAGAUACAAGAGAGAGAAGUCAAGAUUGCAUCCAAUUUUGGGGUGUGGAUUCUUUUUAUAGGCAGAAAACAAACGUAAGUGGCUGCAGGUCUGUGGCAGUGACAGCAAGUAGCUUAAUUAUUGGCAAAAGUAGCUAACAAGGAAGAGUGUAAUGGAAAGAUGCCUUGUAAACACAGUAAUUAACCAGUUUCUGGAAUUAUUGAUCUUCAGGUUGGAAAUUGUGUCUGGGGCACCAGCUGCUGAAGUGUUUAGUCUAGCCCAGCACCUCCAAUGAGGAAUUCAUGUUUCGCUGUAACUAGGAUGAAAUAGCAAUAAGCACAAAAAGGAGAGUGGAAAGCUCUCAAAUUUGGGUAUUUUUCCCACUUUUCCAACCCAUUCGGUAUUUUCUCCCUUGAAAAAUCAUUUCAAAAGUGGAAAUCAAUGUGAAAGUCGUCUUAUUGAGUUGCACUUCUGGCACAUGAGCCGUCUCCCCGCCAGGCUGGGCUUUAUGACUUCCCCAUUCCCUGGUGAGUGCUGCUUUGAAGGCAGAUGGUUUUCCAAAAACUACAGAUGCCAGUCGAGAAAACCCCCCCCGUCUUGCACUUCAACCCCUCCCCGUGUCCCAGCCUCAAGUUGGAUUGUGCCUUAGAGAUGCAAACUCCUCCUGCGCCCCGUGUCCCUUUUGCUCUACCCCUGUGUCAGCGCCUGCAUCCCACUGUCUGCUGCAUUUUAGUUUGGCCUUGGUUUAGGAUGGCACAUUGGUUUAGCUUGUGCUCAGGCACAAGGCAACCCCCUCUGUGCACGGGAAGCCUUUGCUUCAUCCCUUCUCCUGCCUUUGCACAGAGGGAAGGAGCUGGAAGAUGCAGGCUGUAGGUCCCUUCAUCCCGGUUGUGCUGCUCAUUGGUGCUCUGGGAGCCCCUGCUCCACUGGGGCUCCGGGAAAAGGCUUCGGUACCCGCAGGCAUUCUGCACCCAGCUCUGGGUGUGGAGCCUCAGCAGCACCCAGCCACAGGGAGAAGGGGUCAAGAAUGGGGUCCCUGGCAUCGUUUCGGCUGUGAUGGGCUCCUGGUGCUUUUCCCCCCACGCCCACACCAAGGGAGACGUGUCCCAGGUUAGAACUUGCCGUGGCACGUCCAGACAUUGGUGGCAGAGGCAGGAUUUGUCCUACGCCUUCAUCUCCUUCUUGCACAGGGCUCUGGGAAGCAGCUGCCCUGGUGUCCCCCCCUGCUGCCCUAUGCCCCCCAGCAUCGCAUCUCAUGAGACGGGGACCGGGGUCUUUGUCCCCACAGAGUUUUCUCCCCACCCUGUUCCCAUCGGUGUCCAUCACCACGACCCCGCGCUCCCCCCCAAGGGGCUGCUCUAUUUUUGGUUUUCCCCUAAAAACCGUGGAGAAAACAUCCCUGGGGACAGUACCGGGAGGGUGACGGCUGUUUCAGCACCGAAUGCCCUGAAUGGGCUGUCCCCAAACAUGGGGACACAGGGAUGUGCCAUUGGGCUUCAGCCACAACCCUUGUGUUUCAAAGGCAGCGAACACAGACACCAUCCCAUCGUUGGUCCCUUUGCUCCCAGGGGAGAUGGUUUUGGCACCCGCUUUUUGCCCCAUAGCAUCUGGGGCGGCGGGAAGGACGGAUUGGGGUGCAGAGAGAUUUUGUGUGCGCACUACUCUUUCUUUUUUUUUUUCAAUGCUUUUAAGUGAUUUUAGGUUUUUUUGAAUAAAUACCAAUUAUUUUAAAAGGUGCACAUCUUGCUGCUGUAGAGUUCUCAGAGGGUUAAUUUCUUUAUAAAUAUAUAUAUAUAUAUCACAGUAAAUAUUUGUAUAAAAACAAAAGAGAAAUAGAGAUGUCUUUAAGUAAAUUAUUGCUUUUAAAGAAACUUCUAUGAUUGUACAGUGUUACCUGGGAGAAUAGACUAAUACAUACAGAUGUAUUUUUAAACUGCUGCGUAGGAGGCUGUCAACUGGGCUGGGAAGUGCCCGUGGCCAUCACAGCGAGGGGGUUCGGACCCUCCCCAGCCCCAGUUCACGCACCCCCUUCCCCAAACCCCACUAGUGAGGAUCUAGCUCUGGCAAGUUGUCGUAUAUAUACUGUAUAGUGCUCGUCCUGGCCAUGGACCACGCUGGUACAUAGUGUAUAAAUCUUAUUUUUGCCUACCUGUGAGUGUGCUGAGCUACUCGUCUUUUUUUCCUACCAUCAGGGAGCAUUGGGAAGGCUGCCCAGCGGUCGUUUUAAUCACUUGGAUUGUCAAAGAAAAGGAGGGGAAAAAGAAAAAAAAGGUGAAAAUAGCCAAAAAGUUAUGUUUGUUCAGUGCUCAGGUUCCCUGGAGGGACUGGAAAGGCACGAGGAUGCUCUUGGGGUGCUGGUUGUGGUGUUGGUCACGGCAGGGAUGGAGCGGGAUCCCAGUGAAAAGGGGCUCAGUGCUGAGCAAGGGGACACGUCCCACCCCACAUCCCCCCCGCCCCAAACAGCCACCAAGCAGAGGCUGCUCCAUCCAUAGAGUUAACUCCAGUGUUACACUUGAUCCUUGGAGGAUGGUGGGAGUCCAAGAAAGGAAAGAACCUCUAAUCCUCUUGGCCAGCAUCCCGCAGGGAUUGUCCUCGCUCACGGCAGCUCUGGCAGCAGCAGCUGCCCUGAGUGGGGACCAGGGAUGGGGGACCAGGGACUGGACCCGCUGCUGCUCCCUCUUGCCUUCACCCCAAAACCAUCCAGCAGUGAGAGUAGAAAGCAGCCGCAUCCCUAUGCCCCAAAACCAUUGGCUGGAAAGAGCAUUCUCUGCCCCCCGAAAUGUGUGAUGUGUCCCGUUCAGCUGGGCGGGGGUUCGCGGGGGUUCCCAGGGGCCAUCGGGAUGAGUUUGAGCUUCUCAUAACCAAAUUUAGUGCACUUAGUCUUUUAGGGCUGGGACAAUCACUUAGCGCUUAACCUUUCGCGAUUCGGUGCUUGCUUGACCUUCAAACCUUUUGUAGGAGAUGAAUUCAAAGCCACCUUUUCUAUCUUUAAUAAGGCAGAACAAAUACAUUUAUUUUUAAACCCUCCUGCUCUUUCCUUUCCUCUCACGCUGACAACCAAAAGAGUCCCCUGUGUCCCCCCCCACCUCAUUUCUCACAUGACAAAACGAGAGUGUGGCGCUCCGGCCGCAUCCUGCUCUCCCACCCUCCCAAUUCAGGGAUGCUGCCACAGGGGGGUUGGUGCAGGGCAGGGGUUGGAGCAGGGAGGGGACACGGAAUGGUGCCCGACCCAAUGUCACCCAUCACCUUGCUGACCCCUGUGCAUCUCUGUCCCAGUGCCCCCUCCCGGGGGCAACAUCUUCCCUCCAUAUCCCCCCUCAAAACACACCCUGGUGCUCCCCCAGCUUUGGCCCCAGGUGGUUUGGGGACUGAGACACAGCACCGGUUCACACGGGCAGGCUGGUAACUGGGAGCACAGGUUUCCUAGGGGGAAAAUGCCGAGUCCGUUCGCUGUGGUGAUGGUGAUUUGCAGCGAUAGUGGAGCUGAUGGAUGCAAUGGAAGUAUCUGUACCUUUUCCACCUCCCCUGUUUCUCUGUCUCAUUGCACAUAUAUUUGAGAUAUAUGUGACAAUGUAUAUAUAUAUUUGUAAAAUGUAUUUCAGAUAACAAAACUGGCCAAUUUUAUGUUAUUUUAAAUAUAUUAUAUAUAUUAUAUAUAAGAGUCUCCAAAAGAUAUAAAUAGAAUAGAGAAAAUAAUAUAAAUAUGUAAUAAAUGUAUUUUGAUCUAUUUAAAAUAUCUCGCGUCAUGCUGUAUAUUUUAAAGAUCAUAAGGAAGUGUCUGCCGGCAUCAAACUUCAGAUGUAGUUUGGAGGCUGUCACUUGUCACACGUAUAAUAUAUAUGUGCAGCAAACUUCGAGCAAGACUGGGGUCCAGCAGGACGAGUACAGAUGUUUUUAGGAGCCUUCUAGCAAAAGUCUGUUUUGCUGCCUCUAGGUAGGAGCAGGAAGCCCAAAUUUGAAUUUUCCUCAUUAUCGUGCAGGAGAGGGUAAUUUCUCCUCUCUGCUGGGGAAGGAGCUGCGGGGAUGCUCGGCAAGACGAGAUGGGAUGCAGGAUCCCACCCGCUCGUGCAGCCCCGCGUGUGGGUACCGCUUGCUCUGCUGCAUCCCCCUGAUGGGCUUUAACCAGGGGAGCGGAUCGCAGCAUCUCAGCCAUGUGGGGAGCCCGGAGAUGGGGAAAAAACCGUGUCCAUAGCCCAGGCAGAAAGAGCCCAGCCAUCCGAGACCAACCCAACAAAUCUUCCCCGAGCGACCUUGGUCGCCCUUGGGCUCCACAAGGAUCUAUUUCCUACGGGCAUCGCCUCCUGCGGGGACCUCAGGGGACACCGUGCUGCGGCCAAGUGACAGUUUAAAUGUCUUUAAUGGUACGUCACGGUUGAAGGAAAGCAGAGCAAGUCCGUGGAUGCUAUUUAUGGAGAGGUUAAUGGCCUGCUGGACACAGAGCCCCUGGUUUUGCUAUUCUGGAUUUUCCUCCUGUUUGUUGCACCUGGCUGCUGCAAGGAACGGGGCUCCUGUGCCAAGACAACCUGGAGAAAUAAUUAAUCAUCAUUUCUCAGGCUGGUCACAGGUCUGAAUCCAGGUUGGUAACUGGUGACUGAUAGCUUCCAUCCACUGAUGAGCAUCAGUUUGGUCCCAUUGGCUCCAUCCCUUCCACCGUAUGGUAGUAUUUUUACUCAUUAAAAACAAAAUCACUACCAGCCACUCACUCUGAUGACCAAAGAUAGGUCGGAGGCUAAGCAUGAUUCAAGAGCACGGCCCGUUUAAUUUAUCAAAGCGGGAGGCUGAGAGCUGACUUGAUUACAGCAUUUGUCACAGGAAGAAUACACUGGUAUAAAGAGGUAACUUAAUCUACCAGGGAAAAGCAUAAUCACUAACUCUUCCUAGAAGCUGAAGCCAGACAAAUCCAUCUUGGAAAUAAGGAGUGAUCUUUUAAUAAUUAUUAGCUAUUAGAACAAGCUACCAAUCUCUGUCUCUUAAUGCCUUUAAAUCUGGACCAGAUGCUUUUCUGGAAGCUUUUUUCUUGCUGAGUAGAGGAGCUGGGGGUUAUUGAUGAAGGUAAUGGGUUGUUACAGGCAGGAGGUGAGAUGGGAAAAACCUCCCUGCUCUCCUCCAAACCAGGAGAUGGAUCUCGAAAAGGAGGAUGCAGGGGAUGCUCUCACAGCAUCUCUCCUGGGACAAGCACUGGCCCUUGCAGCAGCUUCCCAGACUCUGGUGGCUCUGCUCUCGGGGUUUGCUUUGCCGUGCGGUGGCGACUUCUUGUGCAGCAGUUUGCACUAUGAAACCCAUCACUUCGUUUGUGGAAGCAUUUAAUGAUUUGGGAGUCGACAGCUCCCUGGGGAUGGUUUCCGCUGCCUCCAGAAUUCCUCCCUCAGUGGCUGCUUGUAGCAGAAAUCCCUGGGGAGCCAAGCUGACGCUGGCACCAUGGGAAAUGUACUACCAGGACGUUCAGUCCUUGCUUUACUUCCACUCCGACCAUCCUCAUCUUCAGGAGUUAGAACUAAACUCUGCAGGGAAGGACCUUGCUUAUGCCUCACAGGCAUGGCCAGGGUGUUUUUGGCAGGGAUGCUGAGGUUGGGGCUGUUUCUUAGCUGGCAACCUCCACUUUCAAGACUCAAGACGUCUUUAAAUACUAAAACCCUCUCUAAACUCAGCAUUACCCCAGCCCUUGCUGACUGCCCUCCUGCCUCUUUGGCUUCAGGGGACCUGAGGCAUCUCUAUGUGCCCUUCCAGAGGUUUCUGGCCAACCCAAAAGCAAAGUGUCUUUUCAUGGAUGGGUUUGGCUCAACCACAUCGAUGUACCAUGUCUCAGAGAUGCAGGGGCAGAAACUUCGCCCCAUCAGCACUGGAGAUGCUGCUUCUCCACCCAGCCUGGGCGCAUCUUCACUCCCAGCUGCUUCGAGAAGCUCAGACCCUACGAACGCCUCCGAAUUUGUUCCCCUGCCCACUCGAAUUGUUCCAGCACCAUUCCGGGUGGCCGGGAGCAGCUCGGGUACUGGUACCCAGGGAUGCUCUGUGUUCUCUGGGGGUAACCAUAGUAACGGAGCAGCAUCUCCGCUCUCCUGCUGGCAAUUUGCUUUUUCAUCCUGCAUUAAGGUGGACCCUCUCCAACUCCUUUCUCCCCCUCUGCCUGCCAUGAAUGGCAAUGCCAAGAGCUCUCCAGUUCCUCGUGCCACAGUCCAGCCCAUCCCAUGCCAGGUUUCAUCCCACUUUAUCAUAGGAAAGUGCUGGGGAACCAGCCCCCAGCGUCUGUGGGGAGACUGGGACAGUGGCUACUGGAGUUUCUCCUUAACACAGAUUAAUAAGUAUGAGUGGGACAAAAUUAGGGGUUUCCUUACACUUGUUGUUAAAAGGUCACUGUCAAGGUUAAAAACCUUACCUAGGUUUGUUGGUUUGUUUUUGGUUUUAAUUAUAAGAGGCCUCUAUUAGUAAUAACAUUCUGUCUUAUUAAUAUGGAUUUAAUUUUGCGGUGCUGAACGUAAUUAUCACUCGUUAAGUACUUUGUUCACCUUUCACAUUUCUCCCUGCUCGGGAAAGGCAAACACAUGACUUGGUGUCCCUUUUUGUGUCAGUUUUAGGCAGUUUCAGUGACAAGCUGUCAUGAAUCAGCACAACGCUGCCAAGUUCAGGUCGUGAACGCUCGCCACGACACUGCUCUCGGAGAAAAAUGGUGAUUUAAAGGAGGUGAAGGAGAUCCCUGUCCUGACCCCAGGUUUUGGGGAAAAAAAAACACAAAUGAAUAAAUUUGGAGUCAAGCUGGGCAUGGUGGUGCUGCUUUAGGGCAAGAUGCACAGAAGGGUUUCCAAUGGGAUAUCAGGGCUGUGGAUGGAGAGGCAAGAGGAGACGUGUCCAAGCUGGCAGAGCAGCAGCCCAUCAAUGCUCCCCCUCCUCCUCGCAUGCAGCUGGCACAUUUAUUUUGGCAAUAACUCAUUAGCAUGUAACUAAACCUUGCCCUCUUUGCCAGCCUCUCCUGAUGACCCCAAGCGUCACACCUGUUGCCCAGGCUGGGGCAUUUCUCGCUGUCCCCUUCCAGGGUCCCUGCUCACCCCGCACAGGGGCUGGGUAGGGGUGCCAGACUCUCAGGGAUGGCAUUAAGGGGGGGAUGACCCCAGAACCCGGUUAUCUGGGGGCUGGCAUCCCCGCCUGGUGGGCUUGCUGUCCGUUUGGGUUGGUGGUUGACUCAGCCCCAGAUGGUUUCUGUGAGCGUUUAUAUAAUGGCGUGUUUUGGUGGGGGCCGCGGCGAGGAGGUGGGCGCGGGGGCGAGGGAGGGAACAGAGCUAAAGAUAAGCCUGGCAGCUCUGGCACUGCUUUGCCAGGCCCCCCGGGAGCUGGGAAGGAAAAGGCUGCUGGAGAUCGGGCACCGUGGCCCAGGAGAAACAGCUUCACAUCCCACUGCCAGCAGCUGCUUUCUGCUCCCCGGUACCCACCAGUGCUCAGCCACAUUUCAACCUUCCCAGGUUCAUCUUUCUGCAGGUGUCACUUGCAAACAGACCCCAAACCCAUUCCUUAAAACAGAUUUUUCCACCCCCCGUGUGUUUCAUGAUGAGGGUGUAGCAGGGAAAUUAUUCUGCCUGGUUGCAGGACUGAACCCAACUGCCUAGAGCUGUCAUCCGCAUCCUUCACCCCUGUCAUUCCCUCUCUCCUUCCUGUACCCUCUGUUUCACCGGUGACUGCUGACCAGCACCAAAGCUCGUGAUCGGAUCGGAAAACUGAUGUUUAUUUCUCUUAAAGGGAUGUUCUGGAUGACCUUUGACCUCUGUAGAAGUCUUCCUCUUUUGCCCAGUUUACUAAUUCAAUGUAAACGCAAAGAUGACCCUUGUUUUAUGGGAGUUUUAUUUUAAUGCUCUGGAGAUUUGCUAAAUAAAAAUGAUUCUAAUAUGAAA